AACAAAACUGCAAUUUGCGGCCUUCCCCAAACAAAAGCCACACCUCUCAUCAGUCUUCUUUCCCAACCCCGAGACCUGAGCAAGAGCUUCUCGUCUUCCUCCUUCACCAUCCACAAAUGAAUUCCCAAUCACCUUCUCGCCUGCUUUACGCUUUUGUUUUUAAUUACUCAACUUGAUACCCACUAGGCUGAACGCAGCAACGCACCCAUCCAUAAGGCCGUGAAUCACAAGCCGAAACCAGUAACUCAAUUAUUGCUCCACGUGUCGCCCUCGCAUUGCUCCUCAUGAAUGUAGAGGUCGGCAUUUCCCCCUUUUUCUCCUUCCUCGCACUCCCAACAAAAAUAUAAGCCAACGGUGGCCCCUGAUUCGGCCUAUCAUCGAGAAACCAAGGUUGCGGUUCUCUUCUUUGUUCUCUUCUCUCUCUCUCUCUGUCUCGGGAAAAAAGGGGUUCGUGUAAGUAUCUGACUAUCUGGAUCUGGAACAAAGGCCACAAUACUAGAGGCUUUUAAUUUUUGAUGGUUUCAAGAACAAAAUAAACGAUUUGAGUGGAUCCCAAGAAAGCGGGAGAAAAAUUGCUCCUUUUGCUUGUUUUCCUUUCAAGAUUUGCAGAGCAGAGAAGAAGAACCCAGAAAGAACAUCAACAAGUCCGUUAGUAAAAAGCUAUUUGAUCCGUGCAAGCAACAGGCAAAAAGAGUUUUAACUUUUGGGGACUUCUGUGCUCGCACGAUAAGUGGGUUGGGGUAGUUUGAGGAAUGAAAGAGAGGAGAUAAUGGAUUUCUGGCCAGAAUUUCUUGCGAGCAGCUGGGGCAGAGAGUUCGUCGCCGGAGGCUUUGGAGGCAUCGCCGGAAUAGUCUCUGGCUACCCUCUCGACACCCUUCGUAUCCGUCAACAGAGCUCCAACAAAGGCUCUGCUUUCAGCAUUCUCAGACAUGUGGUGGCUAGAGAAGGACCAUCUGCUUUGUACAGAGGCAUGACCGCUCCGUUAGCCUCUGUCACUUUUCAGAAUGCCAUGGUAUUUCAAAUCUACGCAAUUUUCUCUAAAGCAUGUGACUCAUCAGUCUCAGCCACCGACCCACCGUCGUACAAGGGCGUCGCUCUGGGAGGAUUCACUACCGGCGCCGUCCAAAGCCUCCUCCUUUCCCCAGUAGAACUGGUCAAAAUUCGGCUUCAGCUCCAAAACACAGGCAAACUCACGGAAUCUCACAAGGGUCCCUCACAAGUAGCCAAGACCAUCUGGAAGAAAGAAGGUCUCAAGGGAAUUUACAGAGGCCUCAGCGUCACCGUGCUCAGAGACGCACCUUCUCACAGUUUCUACUUCUGGACCUACGAGUACAUGAGAGAACAGCUUCACCCUGGUUGCAGAAAAAGUGGCCAAGAAACCUUGAACACCAUGCUAAUUGCAGGGGGUCUGGCUGGAGUGGCGAGCUGGGUCUGCUGCUAUCCUUUGGAUGUUAUAAAGACGAGGCUUCAAUCUCAAACCCCAUCUUCUGUGAAGUACAGAGGCAUCUUUGAUUGUCUCAGAAAGAGUGUGAAAGAAGAAGGAUACGCAGUGUUAUGGCGAGGUUUGGGAACUGCUGUGGCUAGAGCUUUUGUGGUGAAUGGGGCUAUAUUCUCUGCUUAUGAGAUUGCUCUGAGGUGUUUGUUUAACAAUGGAAGUAGUAUUCAAGUGGAAGAAACUAUCUGAUGAGGAUAAUGAAUGAAUUGUUCUUAUAGACCCCAGAAAUUGGAAAGAAAGGAAGUGAUUGUGGGGUCAACAAUAGGUGUGGUGUUCUGAAUCUGAUAAACAUUGAAGUUUGGCUUUGACAUUCAUUACUUGAUGAUGUAAUUGCCAAAUAUAUCAAUCUUUUUAUCAAGCAAAUAAAGAUGAAAAAAAUUUUAAUCUUCUUUUC